UCAACUUCAACGCAUCAAUACAAUUAGAUUCAGUUGUAACCAAAGUGUAGUAUAAUAUCUACUCCGCUAAACGCAACAUUAGUUUCAUUUUGAUAACAAAAUAAUAAAUAAAUAAACGCGAUGGAUAAUUUCGCUUUCGUGAUGGACGAAUUGGAUGUGAUCCGACACCAGAGCUAUGCAGUGUAUGAAAUGAACUUUGAAAAUAAUCCUGGAUAUGAAAUGCGAGACAUCCCUAAAAUUCGUCGCUUCUGCUACCGUCCGUGUUUUGAGUUCCGGAUAAACACUAAUUUUGGAAGAAUUCUUGUUGCUAUCCAAGGAAACACACAAAAACCCGCAAUCGUUACCUACCACGAUAUUGGCUUUAACUAUUUGAGUUUCGAAGGUUUUUUCAACAAUAGCCGCAUGCAAGAUGUUCUGGACAAUUUCUGCGUGUACCACAUGAACGCGCUCGGCCAGGAGGAAGGCGCCGCUGCUUUGCCGCAAUUCUUUACCUACCCAACUCUCGAUGAACUGGCCAGCCAAAUCAAGAUUGUCCAGGACAAAUUCGGAUUUAGAACUUUCAUCGGCCUGGGAGUCGGUGCUGGCGCAAAUAUCCUUGCCAGAUUUGCUAUUAAAGAGCCAUCAAAGGUAGAGGCAUUGAUGCUAAUUAACUGCACGGCGACGGCUCCGGGCUGGUGUGACUUUGGGUGGUUCAAGAUAGCGAGCAGGAGAAUGCGCAACCGCAACAUAUGCGAGCCCGGCUUGGAUCUGAUAAUGUGGCAUCACUUCAACCGCCUCAAAGAUGACCUCCCAAAAUUUGCGCCGAUUGACAGAGAGAUGUACAGGGAGGUGCUCGCUAAGUACCGACACCUGAUCGCGACCCUGAACCAACCUGUGAACCUCGCGUUGUACAUGGAGGCGUUCGGCAAGCGGACGACCCUUCCCUUGUCGCGCGAGCGCCGACCUCCGCGAACGCUGCAGAUGCCCGUGCUCAACAUCGUGGGCUCUGGGUCGCCGUACGUGCAAGAUUCGGUUAGAUUCAACACCAUGCUCGACCCUGCCAAGUCGGCUUGGAUGAAGAUAUCUUGCUGUUCUCUAAUUUUGGAGGAAGAGCCCAGCAAGGUGGCCGAAGCAUUCCGCCUCUUUUUACAAGGCCAGGGCUACGUGUCACCAAUUGCUAAGAAGAAGUUGAUAUCGGGAAGCGAGAGCCUCCGGUCAGGCGAGCGCUCGUGCCGUCAGUCGCCCGUCAUCCGUAUCACUGAGAAUCCCAUCUCAGAAGCGGUCGCGUGCUAAACGCACUACAACGCAAACGAAUAUUAUAUUGAAAUAACAGCACUUUAAAUUAACGUAGUGGGAUCGCAUAUUUAAAUUUUAAAUAUUUGUGACUUAGUAGGAAUUAUUUGAAUGGACAUAUUUUUUAUUUAUCUUUAUAAUAAUAAUUGUAAGGUAGUUAGUAUGUUAUACGGGUAGGUUGGAUUAAACACAUAAUAAUAUUAACAUCGACCUUCACCGAUCUGUUUAAUGGAUAAAAAUGAUUUGAUAGGUAAGGUAUACGUAACUAUUAUAUUAUGUAUAUUGUUUAAUUAAAAUGAUAAAAAAUAAGAGUUGCCUUAUAAAAUCUUGACCAGGCUAUAAUUAAUAAAAAAUUGAAAAAUGAUUUUUUUUAAAUUUCACCAUGAGUUUAAUAUCGAAAAAAUUUAACACUAACGGUAAUUAUUACACAACCUAUAGAAAAUGCAAACCGAGAGUUGCCUAUUCUUUUCCUAGCAUAACGUUCGGGUUGCCACUUGCCAGGUGUAAACAGGUAUUUUGAUUGUAGUUAUUUUCACCUAUUUGUUUAUUGUAUUAACUAAAUAUAAAAAUAAAAGCUGUUUUAUUGUGAAUACGAUGAUAUAGGGUUGCCCGUAAAAAGUCUGUCCUGAAUUACGGUUGCCGAAUUUCAAAAAGUUAACUUUAGAUGCGAGUGGCAAAGCGCGCAUGUUACUAGUUCGUCCAAUAGAAAAGAACAGCGAUAGACUUGUUAUAUUUUUUUAUAUCUUAUUUACGUAUUACUACAUUAUCUGUAGUAUUUGAAUUAUAAUGACAUUUUAUUAUUAUCCUCAAAAUUACGAAAUUAUAACGUUAAUCAAAUUUCUUAUAAUUCUUCUUUCUAUCUUUUCUUAUAUUUCUGUCUUUCUCUUCUUUCUAUAUAUUAGUUGACGCAAAAUAUUACUGUGUACAAGUCUAUCGCUAUUAUUUUCUAUUGCACAAACUAGCAACAUAGCUCUUUGUCACUUUCUACAGCCACGCCGCGGGCAUAUAAGCUAACCUGUGUCCUUGCCUACUACACGAAAUACUUGAGUCGAACCUCUUUGCACGUCCCUAGUCGCAUUAAAAGUUAACUUUUGAAAUUCGGUAACCGUAAUUCAGGAUAGACUUUUUACGGGCAACCCUAUAUCAUCGUAUUCACAAAACAGCGCUUAUUUUUACAUUUCGUUAAUACAUUAAACAAAUAGGUAGGUGAAAAUAACUACGAGAAAAAUACCUGUUUACACCAGCUGGCAACCCAAACGUUAUGUUAGAAAAGAAUAGGCAACUCUUGAUUUGCAUAUUCUACAGGCUGUGUAGGUACUUACCGUUUAGUGUUUAAUUUUUUCGUUAAACUCAAUGGUGAAAUAAAAAUAUUUUAUUUUUUAUUUUUUAUUAAUUAUAGCCUGGCCAGGAUUUUAUCAGGCAACCAGUAUUUUUUAUCAUUUAAUAAACUUAAUUAACUACCUAUCAAAUAAUUUUUAUCCAUUAAACAGAUCGGUUAAGGUCGAUGUUAUAUGGGAUCUUAGACUAUAUUACGUUAUUGUAGAAAAGUCGUAAGUAUUUAUGUUAUAUAUUUUCAGUUUACACUGAACUGUUAAAUAUUCGAAGAUUCCAUUUUUCUUGUUUUUAUCAAUUUAUUAAAACAAAGAAUCAAUUGUACUUAAACGUCUUCUCGUUAUAAUAUUAUGUGUUUAAUUCAAUUUAAAAUGAAAUUUUAAUAUAAAUUCCCCGUCUAGUUACCAAAGAAAGGAGGGUACAUAUCGGAUGAACAUCUUAGAUAGAAUAUUGCAAAGGAGUGUUUGGAUAAAUAGCACUGUUCAAAAAUUGGUAAUAGAAUGUUUUAUAUUGUUAAAAUUGCAGUUUUAUAUUAUUGCUGUUAUGGUGUUUAUCACGGUAAUAAUCGUUACAGCGAAGUAAUAUUAAGUAGGAAUGUUGCAAUGAAAAGUUAUAGAAUAAUUAAAAUGUAGAAUUUUUAUUUAUUGACUGGAUUAGGGCACAGGUAUUUGUACUUUUAACGUCCCUAAUAAUGCGUUAGAAACUUAAGGGGUUUAUAGAAAACAUAUUUGUGAAUGACAAAAAUAAAGUAAAUGCUGCUAAUUUACUCUUAAUUUACUCAUAGUGUUUAAAUAUAUAUUGUAUUUAAAUAUCGAUUGCCAUAAUCAGUGUUAGUAAUGAAGUAUGGAGUACAACGUCGGGCAAUAUAUUAGUAGCUGAUAGUAGAUCUGAGUAGAACUGUUCGUUUAGCCUAAUGUUUUCUGUCCGACACAAAGGCAAUGCACAUUUCAAGUUCCAUAAUCAUAAUAAACGGUUUUUUAAUUAA